AGAGAAAGAGAGGACAGUCGCGGCGGAGAGGUGGACGACGUAUCGUGGGCGUUGAGUGAUUGUUGUCGGUGCGAGUUUCCAUCGGCAGUCAUGAGGGACACGAGCGAUAUGAUGGAGGACACCCUGUCGGAGGACACAAUGAUGGAUUGCGGAGGCGAUGGCGGAGGAUUGGAGGAUUUUGUCGAUUUGGCCACCGACAUCACGGACAAUUCGCCUACCAUACGAGAUGCCGCCGAGCGGUUACUGACCUUGCUAGGCAUGGAUGAGGAUGACGACGAGGAUCUCCUGUCAUCGUCGGAGGACGAGGGCGUCGAAGUGGACAUCGACGAGCUCGAGGACGACGACGAGGAAACGGAGAACACCAAGCUGCUCCACCAACUCGCUGCUUCGCUGGCACAGGAACUCAAGUACUCGCAGAAGCAGUCUUUACCCUCCAGCAGCAGGGAGAUACAUCAGGCUCGAAACUCGAUACAUACCGUGGACAUGCUGCAGGAUACGAGUUACCUCGACCGCGAUUGCCUUCAAGAUCGAGUAGACCAUCCGAAAGCGUCAGUUCAAGAGGGCGACUUUGGCCACGACGACCUCGACUUUGUCGACGAUCUGAACGAGCGAAACGCGAACUAUGCAAAGUUCACGAACUUUGAGAGCUUCCGCCGGGAUCGUCAGAAGCCGCACAAUCAAUCCUUUGAUUCUUCGAACCUGGAUUGUCGCCUGUGGGCGGAGAAUCCAGGAGCCACGCAGGCUGGAAGGUCCUUCAACAGCCAACAAGCGCAGGAUCUCAGUUCCUGGACGGUUGGAUGGGACGCCUGUACCACCGAAGCUCUCCGUUAUCUUGUCGAGGACGAGGGCUUGCCGCUUCAUCAUCCCACGGUCGUCGCCAUGAAGAAUCACCUGGAUCUGCAGAGAGAGAGGGGGUACGCGCAGUACAUCGGUUACACGGAGACCAAGACGCAGGACAUGAGCCUGGUUCUGGACUGAUGGGGCACUGGGAUUAAGGUAGUGAGCGAUUAAAGUUGCUUUCCGCGGCGCACAUCGUUCGAGAAGCUCGAACGAUGCGAGAGAUUCGGAAUAAAUUGAUCUUGUCGUUUAAGUAAAGUAAGCGAGCACAGAAACGCAAACGCUACGUGUUGUGGGAACGUUUGUGCAAGGCUCUUCAUUUUGUCACUUUUUCAUGGAAGAAAAUCAUUAUCUUGAUCUUCUUCUCGACUCGCGACUUGUUUCAUGUCAUUAUUGAAUAAUUUGUGAGACAUUUGCUUUUUCCUCGAGCCUGCUACUAUUUUACGUUAUCGAGAUGUAAUCAAUGAAAUACCAGUCGAGUAUCAAUCGGCUGUCGAUCGAACGCUGGUCUCACUUUUCGAUUAUAAUUACGUACGAGCGCGUUCAUACGCUGGAUCGAUAUGAGCGCCGAGUUUCUUUUUUUAACGACGUGGUGAGUCUUGAAGAUCUUCUGAUCGAGAAUUAAGAUAACCUCUCCUUCCAUUUCCAAAGGAGCAUUUAAUUCCUCGUGAUACUCACACGGGGAAGAUUGGCAGAUGGCUUCGAAUGCCAUUAGGAGAAAUUGUUUCCAAUUAGAAUCAUCAAGACAUUUGGCGAAUCAGAAUUAGAAUUAUUCUUAGAACAAAUUCCUAGGUUAGGCUAUCGUAGGUAGAAAGACGAGCGAAACAGUUGAGAUGAUAAGCAGGAUAACAGAAGAUAGGAGUGUUAAGUACUUGAUACGGAAAGACGCGAGAUUAGCAUCGGUGAUCGCCGACAAAAUGUAGCAAAAUGCUUUUAUUUAUCAGAAUAACUCCUUUACACCUUUGUAAAAGAAUUGUACGUUCAUAAAAGGUGCGCAAGUAGUGGUUUAAAUAGUUAAUUAACUAAUCCAAAUGGAUUUCCUAAAUUGCCGCAUUAUGUCGGCGACAAUGCGCGGAAUGAUUAUCAGUCGGAUCGUAUACGACAAGAUUGGCUAAUAAUAUUGACAAUAGGAAUUUUAGCUCCGAAAAUAUUGUAUAUAACUCAAAUUAGGCGAGAGACGACGAGAGCUCGGCGAUUAGAUAGGAACUCAUUCAGUCGUAGAUCAGGAAAUCACGAUUUGGACGCGGAAACUUGCGAAGUCUCACGAUGAGCGUUCCUCAUUCGAUUACGUACCUCCUCGACAACAUUAAUUGAAUUAAGCAAGUAAUCACUUAAAAUUAGUAUUAAAAUGAGACACAAGAUAGACCCUGCUUAAAUCAAGCAACGAAUCGCGAAGGCUCGCCGUGAAGGCUCACAAAGUUCCACGUCCCAAUUGUUAUUUAGAUCGAACGAUCAUCGUUCCUCGUAUACGAUGAAUUGAUCGGGAUCGCGCAUCGAUCGGCCGCAGCGUCGACGUUCAAUCACACAAUCCGGUACUAAAGAAGAGGAAAAAACGAGCAGCAACAAGAUAAAAGAGGGCGAACGAGACCGAUCCUUGCGAGUGACUCAGGAUCGACGAUCUGGCCUCGAUCGUGCGUCACUUGCGGAGAAGAGACUUCACGCCACGAUCGAUCGCGCGGAAAGAAUCGAGAUAUGACCGCGAGGUCAAUUGCGGGGAAUUUUUUCAGAGUCUUCUUUCUUUCGCGAUUGUGGGUAGCGGUCGAUGUUCUUCCCACACGGUCGAUCGUGCCGAGUAGCGAGAGAUCUGUACAUAUGUAUGAUAUCGUUUUAACUUAUAUACACGACUAUUGUUACUUUUACAAUAAAUCAUUGUAGAUAACACUGACCAGUAAAUAAACGACCGCUAAAUUAAUUAAGCCCGUCGUCUCGUUGUCGUCUUCCCACGUCCUCAAGCAUGCCAUCUCAACGUCGCAUCGCGGAAACGUCGUACUUUUAAGCCUUUCUUUCAUGGAUGUGAUUCUAAUUACCUGUUGAUUUGGACUCGAAUGACUUUAGGGGCGCGUGAGAUCCAAGAAACUUGUAUCUGAGGUAUUUGAAAUACUUGACUGUCACGCUGGAUCUCGCGUUCGCGUGCUGAAACCAAUGUAACACUCUUAUAAUAAAAUGAAAAGUGGCUUUUAAUAACGCAA